GUAGUUAAUCCAUCUGGUCAAACUGUGUGUUUAGCCCUCCGUCUAUUUCAUCACCGUGUGUGUUUCUCUGAAAUUCCCUGCUUCUACUACCAGAGGUCUGAGAACCAAUCAUGUCGUCGUCUUCUUCUAUCUCAUCCUCGUUUCGGUUAUUCACUACCAAAAUCCCCCACUCUUCUUCUCUAAACCCCAAAACCCUCUCCGCCUUCCCAAAACACCCGAACUUCUCUUCCUUCCGUCGACCCAUUUCUUUCGAAAGAAUCCCCACCAUAUCCUCAUCCCGAUCCCCAUCUGCCUUAGCACCAUCAGCUUCAAUGCCCCUGCAACCCAUCGAAGAACUCCCCCCGAAGCUUCGAGAAAUUGUCAAGCUCUUCCAGUCCGUACCGGUUCCAAAAGCCAAGUACGAGGAGCUCCUGUACUACGGCAAGAAGCUCAAACCCCUCGAAGAUAAGUACAAGACAAAAGAGAACAAGGUCGAAGGUUGUGUCUCGCAGGUUUGGGUGCGAGCCUACCUCGAUUCCGACAAGAACGUGUUCUUUGAGGCCGAUUCCGACGCGCUUAUAUCGAAAGGUCUCGCUGCUCUGCUCGUUAAAGGGCUCUCGGGUGAACCCGUGGAGGAAAUUUUGAGGGUCCGACCCGAUUUCGCGCUCCAUCUUGGGCUUCAGCAGAGCUUGUCACCUGGUAGGAAUAAUGGGUUUUUGAAUAUGUUGAACUUGAUGCAGAAAAAGGCUGAGGAUUUGGUUAGUGGCUCGGAUUCUGUGGAUUUGGGAUUGAAUUCUCAAGUGGGUGGUAUUGAGGGUUCUAGUGUUGGAUUGAGCUCUAAUGAAAAUGCUGAGCAAUUGAGUAGCACUAGUGAAAAGAUUUCGAUUUUGGGUUCGAGAAUCAAUGGUGGCAUUGAGAGUGUGAAUGUUGAAUCGAGGUCAGAAGGAAAUGUGAAGGAAUUGGAGGUGGUAGGGAGUGUUUCGAAUGAAGAGGAGUCGAAUUCGGGUGAUUUGGGAGGUCGAGGGAAGAGAAUUAAGGAAGCAUUGGAGAGAGAGCUUAGUCCUGUGGAAUUGGAAGUAGAGGAUAUCUCUUACCAGCACGUCGGGCAUGCCGGAGUUAGAGGAAGUGGUGAUGGGGAGACGCAUUUCAAUGUGAGAGUUGUGACUAAGGCGUUUGAAGGGAAGAGUAUGAUCAAGAGGCAUAGGCUCAUCUACGGCUUGUUGCAAGAGGAGUUGCAGAGUGGACUACAUGCAUUGUCUAUCGAGGCGAAGACGCCAGCUGAAGUGAGUACAAAGUGAAGCUGCUCUGGCUCCGUAAAAGAGGUUCGGUUCGUAUUUUUGGAUUAGCUCUCACAUAUUGUUUUAGUGAUCGUUUUAUGUGGUUAUUUCUCUGAAUUUUCAGAAGUAAUGUACACAUAGUGGUCUAAAAGUUUAGAUUGAGAAGUUACUUUGUCUCGAAACUUUAUAUCAAAUAUCGGUGGAUCCUUGUGCUGUCUAGUUAUUUAUAUUUUUUGUGGUUGAGGUUUUUUAUUACGUUGAUUAACAUAAGAUGCCGGAUAUACUUUAGGACUGAUAUGAAUACUAGGGUAGGUUCAGAUAUGAUUUAGCACUCAAAUGGUAAUUGCUAAUUUUUUGGUGAGAUGUGCUCUUUGUCAACUAGCUAUCUGCUUCAACCAAGCUCAUGGUCAUGUUAAACAGGAGUGGAGUUUCCUAUUUUGAGGCAGUUUAGAAUUUCUUAUGGUAUUGCCUUCUGCUGCAAAUUCUAGUACUGUUUGAUCUCCGUUUCUUCUUUUCUUAUUCAAAGUAUAGAGGUGGGCUAGUUGUCUUGUGCAGGCUGUUUCAGUCAGUGAAUGUAGGGACUUCCUGUGUGAGUUUUAUGCUUGCAGUUAGACAAGGUGGAUAGGAGAGGAUUCUGAUAGUGGGAGAUAUACAUUGUGGUAUCUACUUUUCAUGAUAGUGGGAGAUUUACAGUAUGUUCAUAACAGUGGUUGGGCAUAAGAAGACAGAAGUAUAAAAAAGAAAAAGAAAAAAGUAAAUGUAUUGUGUUGAACCAGCUGUCCAUUACAAGAACACGUGACUGCGACCUUUCUGUUGUUUCUUUAGAUUAAAGAUUAGCUCUUUAAAUUUUUAUGGAUAUUUGAAUUGUUGAUUAAUCUAACCAGUGAUGGUAUGUUCAGUGCUUACUGAUUAGGAUUUAGGAGGACACUUCAGAGUAGGACUAUUUAAGAAUGUACCCUCUAUGUACAACGCUGGAGUUGGAUUCCCAGCUAUUAUUUUGGUUCCUUCUCUGGCUGUAGUUUCUCUAAAGUUUUUGGAUCAAUUAAUGCUUUUUAUGUGAAUUCUUUUGGUGAAUAAACAAGUACACCGUAGUUGAAUAUUGUGCAACUAUUAAGAAUGGAGAGAGUUUAUGCGGAGAUCAGCGCAGGAUCCUAGUUGAUUCUCCAAACAAUAUUCUUGCUACUCUCUUGUUUUUCUCAAGUAGAAUUCUAGUU